GAGCCAGAGCCAGUCUAGGUGUGGCUCUUGUUUAUCUGCUGCUGCAGACACUUGGAGAGAGUUUCAGUGGUGGAGACGAACGCGAGUUUUCGGUCACGUAAAGGUGAGGAUCUCAGUUGGAAGGAGUCCGCAGGAUCAUCACCAGGGGAGCGAGCAGAGAUGUCUUCCAGACCCAAAGGGAGUCCUCCUCCCUAUGAGGAGGACCAAGGAUAUAAUGGUCCUCCUGAGCCAGCCUACUCUUUCUACCCAGAUGAUGAGUUCCAGCACUUCUACCGCUGGUCGUCCCCCCCAGGCAUCCUUAAAAUCAUGGGUGUCAUUGUCAUCUUGUUGUGCGUUGCCAUAUUUGCCUGCGUUGCCUCUACACUAGCGUGGGACAGUCAGGGAGCCAUGGCUGGGUAUGGUGGGUAUGGCGGGUACAGCGGUGGAUACAGCGGUGGGUACAGCAGCUUUGGAGGCGGGGGUUAUGGAGUUGCAAACAAUUAUGGCUACGGCUCGCUUGGAGGAAAUUAUAAUGACCCCCGUACAGGCAAAGGAUUCAUUAUUGCAAUGGCGGCCAUCAUCUUCAUCUUCACCCUGGGCACCUUCAUCAUCAUUGUGUCUCACCAGGGCCUAUCAGAAAGCAGGAGGUUUUACCUGGCUGUUAUUAUCAUCUGUGCCAUUCUAGCUCUGUUUAUGCUUAUUGCUACGAUAGUGUACCUGAUGGCAAUAAACCCCACUGCCCAGGCUACUGGCUCCAUUUACGGCAACCAGAUAGCCGGUCUGUGCGCUCAGUACCAACAGCCCCAGCUCUCAGGAGCGUUUGUGAACCAGUACCUGUACCACUACUGUGUGGUAGAGCCACAAGAGGCCAUCGCUGUGGUGUUUGGCUUCCUGGUGACCGGCGCUCUGAUCAUCAUGCUCGUCUUUGCGCUCAAGACUCGCCAGAAAAUUCAGAGCUACGGCAAGAGCAACAUCUUAUGGAAGAAAGUAAAGGUCAUAGAUGAUAUGUCACCACCUGAGGAUGUGGAAGCAUGGGUGAACAAUGUGUCGGCUGCACCUGAAGAGAUGCCGAUUUCAGACUACCCAGAGAAGCUGAGAGGCUCCAGGAGCUACCUGGAUGAUGACAGCACCAACUAUGAAAAACCACCUUUAAGCUACACUCCACAACCUGUAGCGGAAGCUCUGCCUCUACAAAACGUGGUUCCUUACAGCGGCGGCUCGGAUAUCAUGAGUUCAGCUGGACGGCCCAAGAAGAAGCGUCCAGGACGUCCUCGUCGCACAGAUGGACAGGAUUACGACACAGACUACAACUCCUCCGGGGACGAGCUGGACGACAAUGACUUUGACAGUGAAUAUCCCCCGAUAGCAAACGAGCAGGAACGCAACAACUACAAGCGUGAGUUUGACCGCGACCACCAGGAGUACAAGGACCUGCAGGCAGAGAUGGACGUCAUCAACAAAAACCUAUCUGACGUGGACAGAGAGCUGGAUCAGCUGGAGGAGGGAAGUCCACAGUACCUGGAUGCCAUGGAUGAAUACAACAGGAUAAAGGACAUUAAAAAGUCUCCAAAUUAUCUGGUGAAGAAGCGCAGGUGUAAAUACCUGAAGCAAAAACUGAACCACAUCAAGAAGAUGGUUGCUGAUUUCGACCGUCGGACCUGAGAGUGUGUGUUUUAGGAUCAACGUGUCUUUCGGCUCAGUCAGGUUAACGCUCGUGGAAGGUCCGCAGACCCUAAAGGACGAAGCUACAGUAAUUUACAGCAGGCGUCUGGAGGUUCAUCCAGGCUGGUGCUCUUUUAGCCCUGCUGAAUCAAUCACUGUUCUUAUGCCAUUGUUUGUAUUAUGAGUGAAUAUUUAUAUUUAUAUUACCUAAUGUGAUCUAAAUACAGUUUCUGCAAAACAGAAAUACAAGAAAAGCACAUAGCUUGCAGUUUUUAAUCAUGUUUUUGACAGUGAAUCUGCUUUAACCGACUUUUAUUCCUUAUUUUCUUUGUAAUAUAAGCAUGUAAAUACUUGGGAUCAAUUGCAGUUUUUAGUGGUCACAUGUUUUUUUUUCCCUGUAGGACAGACUGUUUGAUAUGAUUGUACAUUCAAUGCAGUGCGAUGAUUUUGGCACAGCUUCGUGCUGCAUUUUUUAAAUUGUAAUAAAAUCAUUUAUUGAAAACGUUUAAA